AUGGGUAAAUAUGAUGUAGCAUUUGGCAAGCCUCGGGCAAUCCUAUCAAAGGAAACAUUGGCUGAGAGAAACACCAGUAAAACUAGAGAGCGUACUGAGUUAUCGUCAAGAAGAAAGACCAAUUCAGAAAGCGGAAGUGAUGUUCAAAGAAGUGUAUCAUCAAGAUCAAUGUCAUUAAGAGUAGGCAGAAUUAGUGAAAGUGAUCCAAAUAGGAAGCAGGGAAUGGUUUUACCUUUUGAACCUCUUUCUAUCACUUUUGAUGAUAUCAGAUAUGCAGUGGAUAUGCCACAGGAAAUGAAAGCUCAGGGUAUUGUGGAAGACCGCCUUGACCUUCUGAAAGGUGUGAGUGGUUCUUUUAGGCCAGGAAUUCUUACAGCUCUAAUGGGUGUUAGUGGGGCUGGUAAGACCACUCUAAUGGAUGUCUUGGCCGACAGAAAAAUGGGUGGAAUUGAUACCGCAACCAAAAAGAUGUUCAUUGAGGAAGUCAUGAAGCUUGUGGAGCUGGCUCCAUUAAGGGAAGCACUUGUUGGAUUGUCUGGUGUGAAUGGUCUUUCAACCGAGCAGCGAAAAAGACUGACGAUUGCAGUUGAGCUAGUGGCCAACCCAUCUAUAAUAUUCAUGGAUGAGCCAACCACAGGCCUUGAUGCUAGGGCAGCAGCAAUUCUCUUUCUUCUAAAACGGGGAGGUGAAGAAAUAUAUGCCGGUCCAUUAGGCCUCCAUUCUUGCCAUCUUAUUGACUUCUUUGAGGUGACUUCAGCAGCACAAGAAAUAGCUCUUGGGGUUAACUUCCGCGGUGGUGUGUACAAGAACUCAGAACUAUAUAGGAUAAAACCAAUAGAGGAUCCCUGGAUUACAAUAAGUCUGGUAAAUGUAAGGGCUCUGAAUGUUAAAAGGAUAAAAAACUUUUGGACAAACAAAGCAUUGAUUGAGCAACUCAGUACCCCUGCACCAGUCAGACUUAUGUUCACAACUUUCGCAGCGUUAGCGCUUGGGACAAUAUUCUUGGAUCUUGGCUCCUUAAGUUUAAUUCAAGUUUUGUGUCAUUUCAGGAUAAGGCAACAAGAUCUCUUUAACGCAAUGGGUUCUAUGUAUGCCGUUUUUCUUUUUACUGGUAUACAAAAUGCCACAACAGUGCAGCCGGUUGUUGCUAUUGAGAUAACAGUCUUUUAUAGGGAAAUAGCAGUCGGGAUGUAUUCAGCUUUGCCAUAUGCUUUCGGACAGGUCGUGAUUGAUGUCCCAUACAUAUUCGUUCAAACACUCAUCUUUAGCAAGUUCUUUUGGUAUCUUUUCUUCAUGUAUUUCACCUUCUUAUACCUCACAUUAUAUGGAAUGAUGGCUGUGGCAAUUACACCUAACCACAAUAUUGCUGCAGUAGUUUCAUCUGCCUUCUAUGGUAUUUGGAACCUUUUCUCAGGAUUCAUUGUUCCACUAACAAGGAUUCCAGUGUGGUGGAGGUGGUACUAUUAUAUCUGCCCGGUCUCCUGGACAUUUAAUGGUUUAACUGCUUCACAGUUUGGAGACAUUAAGGACAAGCUUGACACAGAUGAAACUGUAGAACAUUUUAUAAGGAAUUAUUUUGGGUUUAGACAUGACUUCAUUGAUUAUGUCACCAUCAUCAUUGUUGGAAUACCUGUGCUUUUUGGAUUCAUCUUUGCCUACUCAGUCAAGGCCUUCAAUUUUCAGAAAAGAUAA